AUGGCCGCCGACGACGAGACGCAACGCCAGCCGUCUCCCGUCGUCGACGAUGACAGGGGCCCACGUCUCCCGACCAACCCGGCAACGGCAGCGGCCGAUGGGCCUCCGCCGGCAAAGAAGAAGAGAACUCGGACCCGGACAGGCUGUCUUAACUGUCGCCGCAAGAAGCGCAAGUGCGACGAGGGCCGUCCGGCCUGCGGUGGAUGCUCGAGGCGGAAGGAGAUUUGCGAAUGGGGUAUCAAGGUGACAUUCCGGUCCGAGAAUGCCCAGACAAUAUUGCAGGAUCACCCGUCGAUGAAGAAGGCUCGGCGGCCGCCUCCUCGCCGUCACUUUGAGAUACUCGACGUCACCAGCGAGGUCAUCCGCGACUACCACUUACCACCCGGAUUCCACGACUAUGAUUCGGAUCGAGAACUUGAACCAGACAUAUCGCCCAUCGAGAGCGGAAUACACGGCCCGCAACACGAAGACGAUGAUGCAAAGAACUUUGACAGUCCCGUAUCCUACACCACCUCGACAGCUGGCGGCAAUACCGCAUCUGUUGCGGGCUCGAGCACAGCAAAGAGGACAUUAUCUUCAUCUGGUCCUAGCUCCGCACCGACGGACCACGUUCCCAUCCCGGGCUAUGGCUCUCUUCUGACACCCUCGACUCGGCGAGAGGAUGCGUCAAGCGACAAAGGACACCCGCCAACAGGCGAACGCAUGGACUUCCAGGCUUCACCCUCCUCAGCAUCGCAAGUCAUCACCGAUAGUGCCGUUGCAAACCUCAUUUACCUAAGCCAAGGAGGCGCAGGCCAAGGACCACAUGAACAUCCCGCGUCCACCGUCGGCGGCCUUCCCGUCACAACCUUACCCAUCGACCCUAUGAUGGAUGCGCCGUUCGACUUUAUGGACCAGAUGUUCACGCCGGAAGGCUCCUACGAAGACGGCAUCUUCUUACCGGGCUCAGCGUACCACGAGCUCCAUUCUACGUUGCGAAACCAUCUCAUCCAAGAGGUUCGCUCCAAUGGUCCUACGAGGCCAGCUUCACCGGCCUCUGGCCAGAACUCCAGACGGAGAUCCAUCGACGCCAGCUCCGGGCCUUCUUCGUCUAACGAGGCAGUCGAGACAGUCGGCGAGAUUUCUUCCGAUCAUGAGCCUCCUCGUCUUCCCCUGGAGGAAGAAUGCGCGCUAUGGAAGAACUGGGUGGACGAAAUCUCUCCAUGGUUGGACAAAUUCGACAACCAGCGCCAUUUUCAGCAUUCCCUCCCAACCAUGGCUCGACAUCUCGACGGUUGCGCCAGUCUGAUGGAGGCCGUCGGGAUGAACGGCUUUGUCGGUGGCGUCGAACAGGCGCUCUUUUGGUGCUUUGUCCGAAUGGACCUCUGCGGUGGCCUCAUCUCGUCGGUCAAGACCUUGAUACCCGUCAGCCAUUGGGCAUCGCCUGUCGAUCUCGAAACAGACGCUGGCUUGUUCCUCACCAACCCCGGCCACGAUAUGUGGGCCAACUACGCGGUCUAUCUGUGCGCCCAGGUUCUCGACUUGCUUGCUCCACUAGCCAAGGCCAAUCCAGGCGGACUAUUCUUCGACGGGCCGAGAAAUGAUAUGAGAUAUCGAACCGGCCUCGCUACGACUAUCACCGAGGCCUCGGUCAGCGCUCUGGCACGCAAGGCAGAUUUGCGGAAUUUCAAUGACUAA